AUGGCCGAUCAGAGUAAUAUUUUGACCCCAAAGCAGCACAAGGACAGCUCUAAUCCAUCCUUGAUUGAAACUGACGAUGGUUUCAGUUUGUCCUCAACUUACCUUGGCUCUCCCAGUUCUUCUUCCUUACUUAGUACAGAUGCCUACAGCUUCCUCACCCCAAGCACUGCUAAUUGUAAUGACCUUGGUUUUCUUGAUGAGUUUGGCGAUAGUGAAAAGCUCGGUAGAAAUGAAUCAUUUAUUUCUUUUAUUAAUGGCCCUCUGAUGUUGGAACAUGUUAAUUUGGGGAGAAACCUCGGUGGAUCUAGAAAACACGCAAAACGCACUAUUUCUAUGCCAUUGUUGAACAAGAAUCUCAAUUCCCCAGAUCCAGUUUCCAAAGCUGAGGUAUCUUCUAUAGAUCAUAGGCCAGAAGAAACUUUUUAUGAUGAUGAUAUUCUUAAUUUGAGUGCCAUUGAAAUUGAUGAAGCAUUUCAUGAAAGAUCCAGUUUUUCUAACCUUGAAGACAUUUUCGAAAAUGAUUCUGAUUCACAUUUAAGACAUUUUCAGAAGAUUAGAAAAUCAGUAUCUGCGCCAUUACUACGUAAAAAAAUCCCAACAAAGAUUGCUGAAAGAGGUGAAGAUAGUGGAGAUGAUGAGGUGAAAGUUUUAGAUAAUUGUGGUUUGGGAGGACUGGGACUGCAAAACAUUGGAGAUUGCGACACUGAUAGUGAAAUUCUCCUGAAUAAAGAAGUAUCAAUUGAUAAUGACAAUAUGACUAAAUCAGAAUCACCAUUUAAUCAUUCUCGAGGGCCCUCUAUUUCCUCUGUCGAUUCCUUGAACACAGUUUUCUCCAAUGAGGUCAAUAGUUUUUCCGAAUCUAGAGAGCAUACCCUUCCUCCAGUGAAAACUCCAAAAUCCCCAAAGUUCUCUCCGAAAAACUGCAAAUUCAUUGAUUUCUUUAAACAAUCAAGGAUUAAUGCUGAGAGAUAUACUUCCAUAUUGGAGUUGGCCACAGAGAGAAACCUUAAUCUAGAAGAAAUUGAAAAGUGCCUCGCAACUCUUUAUCAAACUGAAGAUAUAUAUUCUGUUAUUAAUAAUGGAGACAGAAGAAAAUACCAUAUUUUGAAAAGAUUGACGAUUCUAUGUUACUUGGUGGAACUUGGAAAAUUUCAGAAGGUUAAAGAUGGUGAUAAUUCAAAAACUUCUAGAACUUCUCGAAGAUUCACAGCUUCUAAAAAAACCUUAGCAAAUAAUCCAAUUGAUGAGCAGGAUUAUAAAAGAAUUCUAUAUCGAUUCCCAAUUCUUGAAACUUCAGAUGGUGUGAAUAUUCAAGUUCGAAGCUCUUGUGGUGUUGAACAUAUAUCAUCUGAGCCAAAUCAUAUAAACAAUUCUCAGGCAGAUGAGCUCCUCGAAUAUCUUCUUGAAGAUCCACAUUUCUUUUUAUCCUAUCUUCAAAACCUUAAAGAAUAUGAGAUCUAUAAAACCCUUUUAGUGAAAGAGUCAUCGGUUUCCAGAAAAGGCGACAAGUUCCAUAUUAAGCGCCCAUUGAAUUGUUUCAUGCUUUAUCGUGCUGCAAUGCUCCGCUGUGCUAUUGUGAUCGAAUUGUUUAGCAAAGUUGAUGAGUUAAUUAAUCAUUACUUCCUCAGUUUUCUCAAGUCAUGCUUCAAUAGGGGGGCGGAUCAUCUCAUUGUGGAUAGUUCUGCAAUAUUAGACCUUAUUGAGCUUGACCUCAUUACUCUUAUACAAAAAGCGAGCGAGAGCACAAAAACACCCACAUCCGCAUCCUCCUCAUCCUCUUCUUCCUCUUCUUCCUCUUCAGCCAGCAUACUUAUAACUUCUUCAAUUGCCUCCUCUUUGCACAAAUUUUUCGCUUCCCAAACCCAAUUAACACAUUCAACUUCUUUGAAGUCAUUCAUUAGUUUUUAUCACGCCAACCAAGUAUCACGCCAUCAAUACCUUCAGAAAUUCACUUCUCAGGCAUCCAAGUCAAAUUCCAGCUUGAAUGCACUUAAAGCAACGAGAUUGAACCAUGCCAUGAUGUGCCAUACUAUUGCAUUAUGCUGGUUGACCGAGGAUUCAAAAAUCAAGGCCAAAUUCGCCACUUUUGGCAAAAUUGAAAAUGAUGUUCAUAAAGAGGUUCAUCCAAAUUAUAAGUACCGUCCAACUAAGUUUCCAUCCAAUAAAUCCCAAACUAAGGGGGACAAUAAUAUUCCAACUAAAUCGAAAAGCAUCAGAAUUCCUUUAUCAAAGAAAGUUAAAACCAAAGACGUUGAUCUGCCAGAAAAGAAUAAAGAAAAACCAAAAAGCUCUUUGACUUUAAAAUUGAAUAUUAAUGUUAAAAAACGGAACAGAAAAUAG